GUAGUACCAUUUUAAAUUGGUGUUCAAUAUUUCGUUUACAAACCCGAUAAAAGCCUUAGUAGAAUUCAUGACUUCCCUUAUUUGAGACACCACUCACACUCCCCUUUGAAGAAACGACACUCCUUUUUACGUCCUGUCCUCUACGUCGUGUUCCAUUUCCAACCCGACCGCAACUCACCCUGAGUUCACUUUUGUUACCGGCGACGGACGCUCCUCUCCGGCAGAGAACCGCGCCGCAGCCCUCCCACCAAGCGACCCUGUUUCUGGGGGGCGGGGUCGACGGACGGACGGACGGACGGACGGUCAUUCAUCCGAUGUAAAUACGACAACGUUCAUGUCGCCGAGCGCGUUUUAUUUCUGAAAACCUUUGGAUAAAACCAGGCGCACCGUCAAUCUACGAGAGCAGGUAAGGGGGUGCCAUGCCAGCUGCUGUUCCCCCUCUGCUCCCCCUCUCCACCUGGUGGUGGUGUCUGGUACUGCUGCAGCUUCCACAGGCCCUGACCCAGCCCCAGCUGGACCCUAACCCAGAGAAGGCCUCUCCCGCUGGGCAGGCCUUCCCUUACCUCUCCCUGGAUGGAUCUCCCCUCAACCACCUCCUACUGGACCCCAGGUCUGGUCAUCUGUACGUGGGGGCAGUCAACCAUCUCUACCAUCUGUCCCCUGACCUCCAGGUGCUGUCCUCCAGUCAGACUGGCCCCAAACUAGACAGUCCUGAAUGCCUGCCCCCCAUAGUCCCCAAGGACUGCCCCACCGCCCGGGUCACCCCCAACACCAAUAAGAUCCUGCUCCUGGAGGAAGGCGUGGACGCGGUGGGGUCAGAGGUCGGGGCAAGGAGCCUGAUUGUGUGCGGGACAUUGUUCCAAGGUAUCUGUGACAAGAGGAGUCUGGGUAAUGUGUCCGAGGUGCUCUAUCAGACGUCCAACCCAGUGGACACGCAGUACGUUGCCGCCAACGACCCCCGCGUCUCCACCGUGGGCGUGAUCUUGAACCAGAAGGGGGUGGGGCUGAUGCUAGUGGGGCGUGGCUACACUAGUAAAGGCCCCAGCGACAUCCCACCAAUCACAACGCGCCGUCUAUCCCCCAGUUCCUCCCCCUCCCGCCAGGCCUUCUCUCAAGACGAAGAACUAGGGAAGCUGGUUGUGGGGAGCUACUCCGAGUACAACAACAACUUCAUAUCGGCGUUUAACCACAGCGACCACGUCUACUUCCUGUUCUCGCGGAGGGAUAUGUGGAACCGGAAGGAGUACCGGACCUACGUUUCUCGUCUCUGCGCCGGGGACCGGAGCUUCUACUCCUACGUGGAGGUUCCGUUAGAAUGUUCCGGGGGUUAUAACCUCGCCCAGGGGGCUUCCCCCGCCGAACACCAGGGGCGGCCGGUGCUGUUCGUUGCCAUGGCGGCGGGGCAGGCGUCGACGCCCACGGCGACGGGUCGCUCGGCGCUGUGCGUUUAUGGGAUGUCAGAGCUGGAUGCGUCGCUGCAGAGGGCCCAGGAGCUGUGUUAUACAGAGGGAGGAAGAGGAAGGACGGGACAGGAGGAGGCAUACAUAGAGUAUGAGGUGUCGUCCAAGUGUCUACGCCUGCCCAAGGAUUCGUUAAAGGAGUACCCAUGUGGAGGGGAACACACCCCCAGCCCCAUCGCCUCUGCGGUUCCCCUGUCAGCCACCCCCUCUCUGACCAGGGAAACACAGCUCACCGCUGUCACCACCGCUACCGAGGCCGGCCACACCAUCGCCCUGCUGGGGGACAAGAAGGGCUGGCUGCAUAAGGUAUUUCUCGAGCCUGACACAACAGGGACAUUGUAUCAGAGUGUAUUGGUGGACCAGGACAGGCCAGUCAACGCUGACCUACUACUGGACCAGUCUGGACAGAAUGUAUACGUCCUCACGGAUGGCAAGGUGUCCAAGGUGGCUGUAUCUCAGUGUGAACAGCAGCCUGACUGCCAGUCCUGUCUGUCUGUCAGAGAUCCUUACUGUGGCUGGUGUGUCCUGGAGGGAAGAUGCACUCGUCGACUGGAGUGUAGUCGUGAGGGCCAAGCCAACCACUGGCUGUGGAGCUACCAGCCUGCCAACCAGCCUGCCGACCAGCCUGCCGACCAGCCUGCCGACCAGCCUGCCAACCAGCCUGCCGACCAGCCUGCCAACCAGCCUGCCAACCAGUGUGUGACUGUCCAGAGCCUAAAGCCUGCCAUCCAGAGCAGAGAGGAGGCGACUCAGGUGUCUCUAACAGUGGCCCAGCUGCCCACCCUGACAGAGGAGGAGUCUCUUUCCUGCUCCUUUGGAACCCUCCCCCCUCAGCCAGCCAUCGUCAAGGGAACCACCAUCACCUGUCAAUCACCCCUGCCUGAGCUCCUCCCACCCAGCCCACCAGGAAGUGACCACGUGUCCCUACGUGUGUCUGUGAUGUUCAGAGACGUGGCCAUCUCUAGCAGUGACAUCAUCUUCUACGACUGUCGAGCUGUGGGGCGACUCAACACCACAUCUCCGUGUAUGGCGUGUGUGGGCAGUGUGUGGCCUUGUAGCUGGUGUGUCCUGGGUGGGCUGUGUACCCACACCAACAACAGCUGUCCCAGGCAGCACACCAUACACAACUCACUGGAGGAGCAGUUGGAGCCGCGGGGUCCAGAAUCUUGUCCCUGUGUGUGGGCUCUACAGAGCUCUCCUCUGGUCCCCAUGGGCUUCCUGUCCCCUCUGACCCUACUGGGGAGGAACUUGGACAUGUUUCAGGGGGAGGAGCAGUAUGUGUGUGUCGUGGUUGUGGAAGGGGAGGAGCUUAAACUGAACGCCACUCUGGAGAAAGAUCCGGAAAACAUGACGUACACCUUCACCUGCUCUGCCCACGAGUUCCAGUACCCAGUUAACCAUUUGGAAUAUUCAGCUCCCAUCUAUCUACAGAGAGGCUCCCAUCACAUCGACUCUGCACCCAAUCUCAGACUGCAGCUAUAUGACUGUUCAGUGGGCCAGUCUGACUGUAGCCAGUGCAGAGCGGUGCCAUCAGAUUAUGGCUGUGUCUGGUGUGGAGGAGAGUCACCUGGCUGUGCCUACCACCUGUCCUGUACCAGCUCACCUGGGCCAGAAGACGCCUGCCCUCCGCCUCACAUCAUACAGAUCCAGCCAGUGAGUGGUCCGGUGGAAGGGGGUGUGCUGGUGACCAUCCAUGGGUCUAACCUGGGGAUGCACUACCAGGACAUCCAGGGAGGGGUGACUGUAGCUGGGGUCAGCUGUCUGCCUCAGCCCCAUGGAUACCUCAUCUCUACCAGGAUAGUGUGUGAGCUCCAGCCCAGUAAACAGGAGACAGAGGGGCCAGUCAUCGUUACCGUGGGAGACUCAGAACCAGGACAGUCACUGCAGACAUUCACCUACCAGGACCCUCAGUUGACUGGUAUAGUCCCUGAUAAGGGCCCUGUAUCAGGAGGGACCAGCCUGACAGUCCAGGGGACUCGGCUACUAACGGGACAGAGGAAGGACCUGACUGCAUACGUAGGACAACAACCCUGCUACAUUGUUGAGGAGGUGAAUGGGACUCACCUGGUAUGCAGGACCAGCCCCAGUAACCAGACAGCAGAGCUGACAGUGAGGGUGUUGUUUGGGAAGGCAGAGAGGAGCGUACCUGGGCAGGUGUUCCACUACAUGGAGGACCCUGUCAUCACCGCAGCAUCGCCUGCUGAGAGCUUCUACGAGGGUGGGCGUAGUAUAAAGGUGAGUGGGCGUAACCUGGACGUGGUGCAACAGCCAAUGAUCUCUGUGCGGUUGGAGCACAUGGCAGAGAACAUCCUGGUCAUGAGAAGGAGGAGAUACGCCAGACUGUUGGCCAAGAACCACCUACUAGUCUUCAACAGCACCGUGUCAAAGAAGCAGGAGCGUUGUAGGGUGGUCUCGUCCUUUGAGAUGACCUGUGUGACCCCGAGUGUGACCCAUGACUCCAAGGUCUUGGGGGUGUGGUUUGAGCUGGACAACGUUAAGGUGUCGUUUGAGAGCGUCGCGGGGAAGACGUUCUCUUACUACCCCAACCCCGAGCUGUUGGCUCUGAACAGAGAUGACCCAGACACACCCUACCGCUUCAAACCUGGAGGGGUCAUCGCUGUAGAGGGUAAGGACCUGACGCGUGCCAUGACUCGUGAUGAAGUGGUAGCCAGGUUAGGUGACCAGGAGUGUGAGGUCAAGACUCUAGACAGCACUCACCUGUACUGUGAACCACCUGAGAAACAACCAGACAGUCUAGGGAGCAACCAACUGCCCAGCCUGAGGGUGGUGAUGGGGAAGCUGAACGUAGACCUGGGUACAGUGCAGUAUGAUACAGAAGGCCUCUCACCUGUCCCUCUGGCUGCCCAGGUGGGUCUGGCUGUAGGGGCUGCUGUGGUGGUCCUAGUGGUGCUGGUCAUCAUCCUCAUGUACAGAAGGAGGAGCAAACAGGCUCUGAGAGACUACAAGAAGGUUCUGGUUCAGCUGGAGACUCUGGAGAUCAAUGUGGGAGACCAGUGCAGGAAGGAGUUCACAGAUCUGAUGACAGAGAUGAUGGAUCUGAGUAGUGAUGUGGGUGGACCAGGUAUUCCUCUCCUGGACUAUAAGACGUAUGCAGAGCGCGUGUUCUUCCCCGGCCAGAGGGGGGCGCCCCUGAGUCAGAACCUGGACCUGCCAGAGUCCCGCAGACGGACGGUGGAACAGGGCCUGGGACAACUCAACAACCUCCUCAACAACAGACUUUUCCUUAUCAGGUUCAUCCACACCCUCGAGGCCCAGCAGAACUUCUCCCAGCGUGACCGUGGCUACGUGGCGUCUCUCCUGACCAUGGCCCUGCACGACAAGCUGGAGUACUUCACUGAUGUCAUGAAGACCUUACUGGGAGACCUGGUGCAGCAGUACGUCACCAAGAACCCCAAACUCAUGCUGCGCAGGACGGAAACGGUGGUGGAGAAGAUGCUAACCAACUGGAUGUCCAUCUGUCUCUACUCCUUCCUCAAGGAGGUGGCUGGGGAGCCUCUGUAUAUGCUGUACAGAGCCAUCAAGUACCAGGUGGAUAAGGGACCAGUAGACGCUGUGACGGGGAAGGCCAAGCGCACCCUGAACGACAGCCAUCUACUGAGAGAGGACAUUGACUACUGCUCUGUCACUCUGACGGUGAUGGUGAAGAGUGGUGUGGAGGUGCAGCCGUGUCCGGUCAAGGUGUUGGACACUGACACCAUCACACAGGUCAAAGACAAAAUCCUAGACCAGAUCUAUAAAGGAGCUCCCUUCUCACAGAGACCUGCUGCAGACUCACUAGACCUGGAAUGGCGAUCGGGACAGGCGGGUCACCUGACACUGUCAGACGAUGACGUCACAGCGAUCGUCCAGGGGCGCUGGAAGAAACUCAACACUCUGCAGCACUACAAGGUGCCAGACGGAGCUACAGUGGCUCUGAUCCCCAGAUCAGCUGCUGUCGUGGGGAUUCACCAGGUCUACCAGACUGGAGAGAAGACACCCAUGUUGGAGGGGGAGGGGGAGGAGGGGCUGAGGCUGUGGCACCUGGUGAAGUCCAAUGAGGAACCAGAGAUCCCUAAACACAGGAAGAGCAGCAUGAGAGAGAGGGAGAGGGCCAAGGCCAUACCAGAGAUAUACCUGACACGACUACUAUCUAUGAAGGGGACGCUGCAGAAGUUUGUCGACGAUGUGUUCGUAGCCAUCCUCAACACCAAGCGCCCUCCUCCCAUCGCUGUGCGUUUCUUCUUUGACUUCCUGGAUGACAUGGCGGAGAAACACGGCAUCGACGACCCCGAGACUGUGCACAUCUGGAAGACCAACAGCCUGCCUCUGAGGUUCUGGGUCAACAUCCUGAAGAACCCUCAGUUUGUGUUUGAUGUCCAGGUGACCGAUAGCGUGGACGCUGUCCUCUCUGUCAUCGCGCAGACGUUCAUCGACUCCUGUACCACCUCCGAACACAAAGUCGGACGGGACUCUCCAGUGAACAAGUUGCUCUACGCCAGAGAGAUCCCCAGAUACAAGCAGCUGGUUGAGAGGUAUUACAGUGACAUCCACAGUGCAGCAUCUGGCUGUUACCAAGAGAUGAACUCUACUCUAACGGAGCUGUCUGGGAGUUUUGGAUCAGACAUGAACAGUCUGGUGGCUCUGCUUGAGUUGUAUAAGUACAUCAACAAAUACUACGACCAGAUCAUCGCGUCUCUGGAGGAGGACGCAGCUGGACAGAAGAUGCAGCUGGCCUAUCGUCUACAGCAGGUCGCCGCCCUGGUGGAGAACAAGGUCACUGACCUCUAACCUGUCACCUCUGACCUGUGACCUAUCGUCCCCAGCAGGUCGCUGCCCUAGUGGAGAACCACAGACUGACAGGGCUGCGUUCAGUAAAACAGAACGUUACACCAGAUACAGCAGAGAACGCGGAACACUCAGAUCCACUUCCUCAUGUUUUUUUUUUUUCCGGGAUCGGGGCCCACUCUUGGUCUGUUUAUUGCCCCCGCCCGCGGAGGAGGGGGUGCCUCAGAGCGAAACAUCUCACUGGAAAAAUGUAUUCUGGUAGGGGCGGAGUUGUCUCUGGCGUUAGAUAUUAUGGAGGAACCAAACCCACGGGGGGAAAGCAUGUGAGAAAGGAAACGCCUUUAUCCCCCAUAAAUGCU